UCACGCAUGUCAACUAUAACUCUUUCCCUUAAUUCGAGAAAUAUUGAACAAAACGACAAAAAAAGCAAGAAAAUGACUGGUAUACUGUGUAUGGUGAGAGAGUUCGUCAACUUAGUAGGUCUGUGUCCGUAUGGUCCUUCGGUAAGAUCAUGUUUUGAGUCGGAGAGGUCACCCCAGGUUCAAGGUUUGUGGUGUUUAGAACGUGUUCCUUCCCCUGUGGUGGAGUCUCCUGAGCUACCAAGGGCUGCUGACCCGGAGCAGUGUUUGGUGGAAGCACCCCGUGUUGCAUUGUUUUCAGCAAUGCCAUUUGAGGUAGAAGUCAUUUCUACUUUGGAUGACACUGUUGAAAAUGAUACAGCGGUGUUUGAGGAGGUAGAGGAACAUGAGUUGGUUUUCGACACAGAUGAUGCUGACCUUUUCUCAACCUGGGAACAGGAGCAGCAGCAGGCUGAUCAGUUUUGGGUGGAUUUAGAGAGGAAAGUUCUUCAGGUUUCAGAAGAUUUGGAGGCCCUAUCUGAGGAUUGUGGUGAGGUAAGACACAGGUUGGAGAGUGAUGAUGAGAGUUGA